UUUCCCUUUCUCUCUGUUUCUCUCUCUGGUCAAAAUUUUAAAAAUAAUGAUAAAUUAAAUUAAAAUUCUUUUAAAAAUAAGAGUAAGCCAGUACCAUAAAUCACAUACCAACAGAUCUGAGUAUUAAGUGAUUACUUUUUUCAUGUGCCUAGGAAGUUUCAGCCAACACUUAAGGAAUAUUUUAAGUGUCCUAAUUCCUGAAAAAUGAGAGGCUAUUAAGAUCAUUUUUCAAUUUCUCUUAAGAGUUUCAGCUACAUAGAGAUAGUUUAUUAGUCUUAUGAUAACGGGUUUUAAAUAAAUGCCAGGGGAAAUGGGAGAAAAUAACUGAAUAAGCAAAUAAAUCUGUAUUAAUUGAGGGCAAACUGGAUACAGAGGGUGUUAUCAGCUGUUUGAGAUAGAACUGAUAAAAAUUAGCUUCACCUAGGCAUCCUUGAAGUCAAAUUACAGAAGGGACUAUACUCCACCCACACACCUAAAAUUUAUUUAAGAGACCAAGCUCCGGUCUUCCUGGUCUUUAGGAAGGAGACUGGCAUGGGGAGAUGUGUUCCGUGCUAGAUUUUCCAAGCCAUGGCGCUUCCCAGCAAAUUCCUUCUUUGGUUUUGCUACUUUGCUUGGCUUUGUUUUCCUAAUAGCCUUGGUUCUCAAGCUUCUAGGGAAGAAGCUCAGAUUGCAGCUGGUGUUGAAUCAGAAUCUAAGGCUGAGCCUUGGUCCUUGCUGCAGCCCAUAGAUGGGAGAGACAGAUCUGGUCGUCUUCCCCCUCUAUUCAAGGUUCUGUCUGAUGGGCAAGGUGGAACCCCUAGGCUGCAGCCAGACUCCAGAGCUUUGCACUACAUGAAGAAGCUGUAUAAGGCAUAUGCUACCAAGGAGGGGAUUCCCAAAUUCUAUAGAAGUCACCUCUACAACACUGUUCGGCUCUUCACCCCCUAUGCUCAGCACAAGCAGGCUUCCGGAGACCAAGUGACAGGAAUCCUUCCAUCUGUGGACCUGCGGUUUAACCUGGAUCGUGUUACUGCUGUUGAACACUUACUCAAGUCGGUCUUGCUAUACACUUUCAACAACUCGGUUUCUUUUUCCUCUGCUGUUAAAUGUGUGUUCAACCUGGUGAUAAAGGAGCCAGAGUCUUCCCACAAAACUUUCCCUAAGGCUACAUACUCAUUUACCUUUAACUCACAGUUUGAAUUUAGGAAGAAACAUAAAUGGUUUGAGAUUGAUGUGACCACCCUCCUUCAGCCUCUAGUGGUCUCCAGUGAGAAACGCAUUCACAUGUCUGUAAAUUUUACAUGCGUGAAAGACCAGCUGCAGUACCCUUCUGCACAGGAUGGCACAUUGAACAUGACUCUCCUGGUGCCCCCCUCGCUGAUCUUAUAUCUGAAUGACACAAGUGCUCAGGCUUAUCACAGGUGGUAUUCCCUUCACUAUGAAAGGCCCUCACAGAGUCCUGACCAGCAGAGAAGUCUGCCUGCCUCUCUCAUGGGAGAAAAGGCUGCUGAAGGUAGAAGGUCUUCCCGUCACCGGAGAGAUCAGGAAACUGUCAGCUCUGAAUUGAAGAAGCCUCUGGUUCCAGCAUCCUUAAAUCUGAGUGAAUACUUCAAACAGUUUCUUUUUCCCCAGAAUGAGUGUGAGCUUCAUGACUUCAGACUUAGCUUUAAUCAGCUGAAGUGGGACAACUGGAUAGUGGCGCCACACAGAUACAACCCUCGAUACUGUAAAGGGGACUGUCCGAGGGCUGUCGGGCACCGGUAUGGCUCUCCAGUGCACACCAUGGUACAAAAUAUCAUCUAUGAGAAGCUGGACUCCUCGGUGCCCAGGCCAUCGUGUGUCCCUGCCAAAUACAGCCCCUUGAGUGUUCUGACCAUUGAGCCCGAUGGCUCAAUUGCUUAUAAAGAAUAUGAAGACAUGAUAGCCACUAAGUGUACCUGCCGUUAGCAUAGGGUCCUCGAUACAAAAACCUUCCAUUUAUUUGGCAAAGUAAGGGCUGCGUACCUUCAGGAUAAGGCUUUAAGUAUCAGAUCUCUAAGUAGAAUGCAGUGUAUGUUGUAUAAGGAGGAGUCUGUGUAGACCAGCACAUUCUGUGACACCUCUUGGUAUAAAGGGAUAGUAUCAGUUAUUUCUACUGAGCAUUUCUUACUUAAAAAUUAAAAUGAGAUGUAAUUA